AUGAGAAGGAAAGAGAUUUUUGAUCUUCCAGCGAACGGUCAUCCUGGCAAUGAGAAGCCGCAAGAAGAUGGAGUGGUCAGUACAUGGUGUCCAGUGUCGUCACUUCCGGCUCCACCACUAGACAAUUUGACUUCCUCGGCCAACUUUGGAAACAGCAAAGACUUGGUGAAACAGCAGGUUGCACGGCUCAGUGCUGCGGUCAAUGUGCCGACGAUAUCUUAUGACGAUAACGAUGAUGUGGACAAAGACCCGAGAUGGCAUGCCUUUGUGACUUUGCACGAGGUUUUGAAAACUCAAUUUCCACAAGUGCAUGAGAAGAUGAAUCUCGAGCUAGUGAAUAAUUAUGGUCUGCUUUAUACAAUAACCGGAAGCUCUCAAGAUCUGAAGCCACUUCUCAUCAUGGCUCAUCAAGAUGUCGUACCGAUACCAGAUCCGACAAAAUGGAGCCACCCUCCAUUCGAAGCAUACUUUGAUGGACAGUGGCUAUGGGGAAGAGGUGCUGUUGACUGCAAAAACACUCUCAUUGGUAUUUACAGUGCUAUGGAACGUCUUCUGGAGCAGGACUUCAAGAACAAACGAACCAUCGUCCUGUCAUUCGGAUUCGAUGAAGAGACUGGCGGCUCUAGAGGUGCCAAACACCUGGCCGCUCAUCUGACAGAAAAGUACGGUGAGGACAGUAUGGAAAUGAUUGUCGAUGAAGGAGGUGGUAUGCGCAAAGUCGACGACGUAAUGUACGCUCUACCAGCGAUCGCCGAGAAGGGCUUUCUCGACAUUGUCUUGACCUUGAACACACCCGGAGGUCACAGUUCAGCACCACCAAAGCACACAAACAUUGGCAUAAUGUCGAGGCUCAUCGCAGCUGUCGAGGAUCACCCUUUUACUCCCCACAUCGAUGAGCACAACCCAUUCUGGAACCACCUAAAAUGCGAAGUCGAAAACUCUCCCAAGACAACAGAACCCUGGCUGCGAGAAGCCCUUGAGAAUAAGGAAGACUUUGCAGAAAAGCUCAUCUCAUCACGCGGCGAUUCAGUCGUCCGCUGGUUCGUGCAAACCUCACAAGCGGUAGACAUCAUCAACGGUGGCAUUAAAGACAAUCAACUGCCAGAGAUGAGCCAAUCUAUCAUCAACUACCGCGUCUUACCCAGCGACACAAUCGACGGCGUCGUAAAAGCCGUAGCCGAUCUCCUCACCCCCCUUGCAAACAACCUGAGCAUCGCAGUCCAAGCACCCGGCUACACUCAACUCGACCGUGGCUCCGGCAUCCUCAACGUAUCCACUCUGAACCCCCUGCCUCCAUCUCCCAUCUCACCCACCGGGCCCUCCAUAGCCAUCUGGAAUCUGUUCGCCGGCACCAUCCGCCAAGUCUUUGAAAACACAUCUGAGAGGCUCUCGAGUAAGAAAGUCGUUCCCGUGGGCACGAUCUCGGUGGGUAACACAGAUACAGCGCACUACUUGAAACUGACGAGGAACGUGUAUCGUUUUUCGCCGGUGUCGGAGGAGACGGCGAAGGGAGCGCAUACGGUUGAUGAGAGGAUUGAUGUUCAGGCCCAUUUGGGUGGGAUCAAGUUUUACUACGAGUUGAUCAGGAAUAUGGAUGGGUAUACCGGGGACUAG